AUGCAUGACAACGUCUUCCAAGCCGAACCAUUCAAGGGCCAUACAGGGCGCAUCCUCGCGCUAGUUUAUUCGCCCGGUGGGGCAUGGUUAGCUACAGCAUCGAUGGACAAGACGAUACGAAUAUGGGAGGCGUUCACAGGGUUUCAAAUAGGCAAAGAGUUGGAAGGGCACCAGAGACCCGUUCGUACCAUUGCUUAUUCUCCAGAUGGGCAGAGCCUUGUCAGCGGUUCUGAUGACAAGACCAUUCGAGUAUGGGACACGAACACGCACCAUACGGCCAUGAAGCUUGCUGAGGGCCACAAGGGCUGGGUUCAAGCUGUGCAAUAUUCUCCGAAUGGCACGAUCAUUGCAAGUUCCGGUAGCGACGGAUGUCUGAAGCUCUGGAAUGCCCGUGUGGGUGACUGCACAACGACACUGAAACAUCCCAAUAACGUGGGUUCCAUCUCGUUCUCACCCAAUGGCAAGCAUAUUGCGACUGCAUGUGAUGAUAGGCUUGUUCGCAUAUAUGACGUCGACGAAGGGGUUCUGGUUUGGACGCUCGCUGGUCAUCGCGCCAGUGUUCGAUGUGUUCAAUACUCUCCAGGAGGAUCCCUCAUCGCAAGCGCUUCGGACGAUCAUACCAUCCAACUUUGGGACGCUAAGACAGGAGAAAUCAUCAGAAGUCCUCUUUGUGGUCAUAGAUCCGUUGUCUACGCCGUAUCGUUUUCUCACAAUGGUCAGCAGUUGGUCAGCUCCUCUGAGGAUCAGACUAUUCGAAUCUGGAACAUCACAACAGCGGAGUCGACGUUGGGGCCUAUAUACAGGCACAAACAUCCAGUUACUUCAGUAGCCUGCUCGGCGUAUGAAGAGUGUGUUGCUUCGUGCAGAGACGAUUGCGCUAUCAGGAUAUGGAAUGCGAUUACAGGUCAACAGUCUUCAAACCCUCUCUUGAGGCACGAAGGGGCUGUGAACGGGAUAGAUAUAUCAAAGAGUGAAGAGCUCUUAGCUAGCGCCGCAGAUGACGCUUUGGUUUGCGUCUGGGAUCUCAGAACCCACCGUCUUGCCCUGGAUCCUCUUUCCGGUCACGACGGUUCCGUGUGGGCGGUCAAACUGAUUCCUUCCGAUGAGCGCCUAUUUAGCGGAGGGUAUGACAACACCAUUCGCGUAUGGGAUGUGCAGUCCGGUGGCCAGGUGCAUAUCAUCAGGUCGCACACUGGUUUCGUUCGAACGCUUGGAAUUUCACCUGACGGCUCUUGGAUAGCAAGUGGAUCCCAGGAUGAUACUGUCCGAUUCUUCGAUAUCCACUCAUAUGAAAUACUAGGCAGCGUUCUCAGACACAAACGCGCGGUGUCUUCUGUCUACUUCUCUCCGGAUGGCUUACAAGUGCUGACUGGGUGUGCGGAUAACACGUUACACAUCUGGGAUGUCUCUCGAGGGGAAAGGAUUGUGCGUUUCCAGCAUGCAGAUUUCGUCAGAUGCGUACAAUUCUCGGCGGAUGGAACCAAAUUCAUGAGUGCCUCUGAUGACAAGAAAAUAUGUGUACGUGAAGCUAGAGCAGGAAAGCUGAUCCGGGCUUGGCUACAAGACGGGGGAGUUGUGGCGGCGGCGCUUUCUCCCGAUGGCGAGAGAGUUGUCGGCGGAUGUAGAAAUGGAGAUCUAUACAUGUGGGACGUUGGCACCGGAAAGCUCAUUCUUCCGAAGGUCAGCACCCACAUCGAUAUUCUUGAUGCAUAG